AUGGAGAAUGAAUCUUUCGGGUUCAGCUCUGAGUUGACCUUGGACCCAUUUGUCAUUCCGCCUGGAGGAAAGUAUCCCAUAUUUUUCCUUGGUAUAACGGUUUAUUUUUUUGGCAUCCUUUUCAACCUGACUUUGCUGACUCUGAUCAUUGUGAAGAGGAACCUUCACAAGCCAAUGUACUUCAUCCUGUUCAGCCUUCCCCUCAAUGAUCUGAUAGGCAUAACUGCAAUGCUACCAAAAGUCCUUUCAGACAUUGUUACGGAGACAAAUACGGUUUACUAUCCUCUCUGUGUUUUACAGGCGUUCCUGCUUCACAUGUAUGGCGGUGGUAUCUUGUUUAUUCUCGCAGCAAUGUCCGUCGAUCGCUAUGCUGCCAUCUGCAUGCCGUUGCGCUACAGCUCUAUUAUGACCCCCAGAGUCGUUAUACUGAUUAUCUGUCUAGUUUGGGGUCUUGACUUUGUCUUGAUUGUAUCACUUUUCUCUUUGCAGACACGUAUUCCCAGGUGCAAAUCUGUAAUCAUGAAUGUGUUCUGUGAUAACCCGUCUCUGCUGAAGCUCACAUGCGGAAACACGGCAGUCAAUAACAUCAUAGGAUUGUUUAACACAGCCCUCAUGCAGGCUGUAUGUGUGUCUGUGCAGGCGUUUUCCUAUGUGAAGAUUCUGAUCACCUGUGUGGUUUCACGGAGGUCUGAAGCAAAGAUGAAAGCUGUCAACACAUGUGUGGCACAGAUGGUCAUUUUUAUCAUAUUUGAGAUUGUGGGGACUUUCACAAUUUUAUCUCACAGGUUCAAAAAUGUCUCAACUGACUUGCAAAAGAUCAUGGGCAUGCUGAUAUUUCUCAUACCACCACUUCUGAAUCCACUUGUAUACGGGCUGUACACAAGUGAAAUACGAAACACUCUCCUGAGAGUCUUGAAAGGACGCAGAGUAUCCAUCUAA